AUGGCUAGCGUUUGCAUUGCCGUUACAGAGCUGGAUCAGCUGCUUGAGCGACUGGAGAGCAGUGCGAUGAGGUUGGAGUCGCGGUACGACUUCCUAGACACGGAGCGAGCCCUGGCAAGCCUCGCGCACCUUCGAAACCGGGUCUGCAUCCUGUUGCGAAGCUCACUGCAACGGGCGCUGGAGGCAGCUGAGGGACAAGUGCAGGAGGUGCUCUUCGAGCUGCAGGAGCAUGAGGCGACCUCCACGGUGGACACGCAGAUUUUCUACACAAAUUUUCACAUGAUUUCGCCGAGCUUCCGGCCAGCGCUGGCUGUAUUGCUCCGACACUCCCGGGCGCAACCGCAGUACGCCUCAACCCUUGACGACCUGGAGCGUUUCUUUGCCACUUUGCGGCUGCGCUUGGUGGCUGGCGCGGCGGCUGCGCACUGGACGUCGCUGCGGGAAACCGCAGCACGCACGCCAGGCUCCUUGCCUGCGCUGGCAAGGCAGUCCAUCGCCUACCUGAUGGACACCACCUCGCGGGAGAAGCGCUGCUUUGAGGCAUUCUUUGCGCCACGCGGGACGCACGAGGCUCUGGACGACAUCUUGGCCCAUCUCGGCCUGCUGUUUCAGGAGGCCAUGCAGCCUGCAUGCGCUGCCGCAAGCUGGGUGGACUUGGCAGCCAGCGCGGAGGUCGUGAAGGCUGAGCUUGCGGAGCAGCGGGAGGCCUUAGCGUGCCGCACGCCGGUGCGCGCAGCCCUGGCCUCGCUCCUGGGCGCGUCGCGCCGGCGCCUCUUCGCCGAAGCGCGGCGGGUGCUGCUGUCAGCCGACCUGAGCGACGACCUCUCGGACCUGCAGUAUCCAGGGGCCCUGUUUCAGGCGGCAGCAUGGCAGCCAAAGUCUCUGUCACGUCCGCUCUCGCUGCUUGCGGCCUCCUACCAGGUCCUCGAGGUCUCCGACUUUGAAGCUCUGCUGGACAUCGUUGCGUCGAGCAGCCCUGUUUGGUUGCGCCUCGGUGCGGAGAAGAUCGACCAGAACGGCGACAACACAGCGCCUACAUGUCUCCAUGGCCGCUUCUUCCUCCUUCGGAACCUCCUGACGCUCCAGGAGCAGCUGGCGGCGUUUGAAGACGACUCUAGCGCGCUGGGAGUGAGCGAGGCGUUGCGUCAGAGGGAGGACGAGUUCACGAUGGCCCUGGAGAGGCUGGGCGCCUCGGAUCUGCGCCUCGGCCGCGGCCGCCGUGGCGCUUCGCUGCGGAAGCACCUCGAGGAGGUCUCCUCCGAGCUGCUUACGGAGCUCACUGGACUCUGCGUGAGGGCACCCGAGGUAAUCCGGACCGCUUCAAGCACGUCUUUGUUGCAGCCACUCUCCACCGAACGCCCGAACGUCACCACUUUCCCUGCUGCCCCAGUGCAGCAUCACUUGCCACCGUUUGGCACCGAUGUGACUGGCCCCAAGGCGACCAACAAGUUCUGGGCCAACUGGGUGGUGGAAGAAGGCCGCGGCUUGGCCAUCCACCCCAUGCCCUACGUCUUGCAGUUUGCAUCGCAGCCUGGAGAGGCACCCAACCUCAAGGUCUCCCGCAGCCAGACGCCUCACGUCACCUACGGCGACUCUGAUUCCAAUGGCCGCGACAAGAUUCGGUACUACUUCUCACCGGUGAUCAACGAGUUUGGCCUUGGUGCGGCAGAGCCCGCCGGUCAGGAGGGCCACGUCGUGGUGAAAGAGGGCCUCUUUGGCAUCCACGUGGAGCUGCGCGGCCCUUCAGGCACGGCUCGGAAGAUGACCUUUCCCAUCUACAGUGGAAUGGCCUACGUGUCCGCGCACUACGAGGGAGGCUUCACGCCCAAGAUCACCUCAGAGAGGGCCUUGCUCGGCGUGGACCCGAUCCAGGACGGCGUGUGGCGGCUGACGAACAAUGGUGGCCGCGAGUUCCGUCUUUAUGCGAUCCUGGCAUCCGGUGAGUUCGCGGACGGCACCUACCAGUUCGACAGCCAGGGCCUGAUGAACAAGCCUUUUGAGGGAUGGCUGCGUCUCGCGGAGGUUCAGGCGGCCAGCGACGUCGAUGUCCUUGACCAGCAUGCCGGAGCCAUUCUGACUGACUGGGACAUGGACGUGGAGCUGGGCAGCUUGAGGUACCAGUUCUCGAAGAGCGGGCGUCAAGACAUUUCGCUCCUGCACUUCGGCUAUGCCCAUCACGAGAGCAUGCUCACCGGGGCUUCGCACCAGAUCUCCGCGCUGACGCCUAUGCGGCCACCAACGAAAGGUGAGAUGGUUGGCGUGGUUGGCGACUCCUGGACCCUUGACAUCGACACCACCGAGGUCCAGCAGCUCGGGUUCCUGCCAGCCAACGAGCCCUCCGCGGAGCACGCGGAGUUCUUGUCCGAGAAGGUCAGGGGAACAGUGCAGUGGUUCCUCCACUCUGACCAAUGGAAGCUGGCGAUGUUCCGCGGCAGCUACUACUUCAGUGGGAAGGGCUUCCAGAAGGUCGCCUAUGUUUGCCUCCUGCUCGAGAAGUUUCAUGGCACCGAUCACGGGGAGACGCAGGCCUGUGCCGAGAUCUUGGCCAAGGGCUUCCGCUGCCUCUACGACAGGAGUCUGCUGGGAUGCGAUGGCGCUCCCAUCGGCUCCUACUACGACGACUCCUGGGGAGGAGUCGCCAGCCGUGAGGGCUAUGGAGAACUCGGGUGCCGGGUCGCCGACUUCGGAAACGCAUGCUACAAUGACCACCACUACCACUUCAGCUACUACGUGGUCAGCGCCGCAAUCCUCGUGAAGCUGAAGCCCGAGUACAGUAGCAAUGGCCCCUUCGUGUCCUUUGUGGAAACGCUGAUCCGGGACACAGCGAACCCGAGCCGGGCUGACGCGUACUUUCCGACCUUCCGCGCGUUCGACUGGUUUGACCUGCACUCCUGGAGCCGUGGCGUCGUCCCGAGUGCCGAUGGCAAAGACCAGGAGUCCACAUCUGAGGAGCUCAACCUGCUGUACGGCAUCCAGCUCUGGGGAUCGAUGAUGCAGAAGCCCGCACUGCGGGAUCUUGGAGCAACCAUGCUCGCCCUUUGCGCCUUCACCGUGCGCGAGUUCUUCCUCAUGAAGUCAGACAACGUCCACCAUCCGGCAGACUUCGUCACCAAUCACGUGACCGGGAUCUUCUUUCAGAACAAGGUCGACUAUGCCACAUGGUUCGGCUGGCGUUACGAGUACAUCCACGGCAUUCAGAUGCUGCCUCUGACGCCCGCCCUGCUCCUUUCGCGCACGCCCGAGUUCUGCGCUCAGGAGUGGAGCAACGUCCUCUCCCAGCUUGCGCUGCCCUCGACAGAUCCAUGGAGCUCGAUCUUGCUCACCGGUACGCUGGCCCUCGUGGACCCGGCAGAGGCCUACACCAGGCUGAUGGACAUCUCAGACGAUUUCAUGGACGACGGCCUCACCAAGGUCUGGGCCCUGUAUUGGGCGGCCACAGCCAGCGCCGGGACACCCGCCGCCAGCACGACCGCCGGAAGCACAACCGCCGCCGGCACGACCGCCGCCGGCACGACCGCCGCCGGCACAACUGCCUCGACCACUGUCAACACGGGGUCCACGUCCUUCCUUGCACCGACCACAACGACCACCACGACGACUCCAACCACAACCACCACCACGACGACAACCACUGUCGCAGGGACCACGAGAACGCCCUUCCCGGAAGUCAACUUGGCCUUGGAACGGCGUACGGAAGCUUCUAGCGAGGCACCCACCUUCACCUCAAUGCAUGCCGUUGACGGCCUGUUUGCAACGCGCUGGAGCCCGGCUGCCGAGGAUGCGGUGCCCUGGCUUGCGGUCGAGCUGGAUGCCAUCUACGAGCUGUCCUUCAUUGUGGUUGUGUGGCAGGAGUUCCACCCCACCGGCUACGACAUUCAAACCAAGGACAGCAGCGGCACCUGGGUGACCCUGGCAUCCCAAGUGGGCCGCGCUGGUGCUGUGAAGACCGACCUGCAAGGCUCGGUGAGUUGGUUGCGCUUGCUCUGCCACGGCGGCUCGGAGAUUCGCAUUUUCGAGUUCCAAGUCUACGGAACGCUGGAUACGCAGACCACCACCACGACGGAGCCGGUCGAGACAGGCACGUCGACCACAACCACGACACCCUUCGAUGGCCUCAACCUCGCGCAGGGGAAGCCAGUGCUUGCAUCUUCUUUCCGCUCGCCUACGGAGUUUGCUUAUCGCGCGGUUGAUGGAAUCUUGGAGACGCGCUGGGCGUCCGCAGCCUCGCCCGAGCAGUGGAUCUGGGUGGACUUGCUGGGAGCCUACGAUCUCACCUCGGUGCUGGUUCUCUGGGGCCCAGACUUUCCAGGCCAGUACUCCAUCCAAACGGCCCCCAACGGUAUCGACUGGACGACCGCCGCUGUGGAGACCGGCAUGGCGGGCCCCGUCCGCACCACCUUGGAGUCUGUCACAGGACAAUGGAUCCGGAUCCUUUGCCACGGGAACACAGGUUGCAGCAUCGACGAGCUGCGCAUCUUCGGGGCAGAUCCCAGCUACCUCACCACGACGACCGUCACCACGUCGGCGGCGAGCUCAGGAGCCUCGUCAAGCGCGACCAGCUCGACGAGCUCGACGCCCACCACCAGCGCAGGAGAGACCACGAGCACCGCGACGACAACCACCGGCUCCCGGCCUGCUGUCAACCUGGCCCUGCAUCAGCCGGCCCUGGCCUCCACAGGACUCCAUCAGACGCGCGCCGUGGAUGGCUCCCUGACAACCCAGUGGUCUUCCUUGUCGGGAGACCAGACACCCUGGCUUUGGGUGGACCUUCGCGGACGCCAUGACGUCUCCGAAGUGAUCAUCUCCUGGGGUGCUGAGUUCCCUGCAGAGUUCCGCAUAGAGGCGGGUUACAGCGCAGCCGCCUGGUCCCCAGUAGCCACGGCCGCAGGGCAGGCGAACAGCGAGGUGCGGGUGGUCUUCAACCCAGUGAACCUCCAGUUCCUGCGCAUCCUCUGUACCAACCUGGGGUCCUCCAGCAGGUGCAGCAUCCGGGAAUUGGAGGUGUUCAACUCUGGCCCACCCCAGUCGACCACGACGCAGGCUACAGUUGCAAGCACUGCCGGAUCAACCGCCACCACCACCAUCACCACCACCAUGGAGGCCACCACCAGCGAGGGCCAGCCGUCCACGACGACCUCAAUCUCCACAGAUGCCGGUUCCCAGAAUGCUUCCGCGACGACCACUACCAUCACCACCACCCUUGCUCCGAAUGUUGCGCUCAGGAAACCCAUCCGCGCCUCGUCACAGCGGUCCCCUACGGAGUACGCAGCGCGGGCCAACGAUGGCGACGAGGGCACGCAAUGGGCUUCGGCGGGGAGCCCCACGGAGUGGAUCCUGAUCGACCUCCUGGGCAGCUACGUCUUGCAAGGGGGAGUCGUCCUGUGGGGCGACGCGGUGCCGGCCAGUUACGGCUUGGAGGUCAGCUCAGAUGGCGUGAACUGGGCGCCAGUGUUCGACGAGAUGGCGCCAUCUGAAGAUUACCGCAACUACAACGACCUGCCCAGCAUCAUCGGGCAGUGGCUGAAGGUGACAUGCCACAAUGAAGGCACUGCCGGAUGCAGCAUGAAGGAGGUUCAGGUGCACGGAAUCCGGGCGGCUGACGUGACCCUGGCAGAGCUCGAGCAGCUGGCACAGAGGACUAAGAUUCCCUUCUUCCACUCCUUUGUGAAGGGGUCGGUCAAUGGGGAACCUCGAGGGGCAAUCUGA